AUGGCAAAAGCCUCUGCCAAGCCCGCUGCUGCGGCCCCUGUAGCAAAGGACGGAAACGCCAUUAACAAGAGAAAGCGCGAGGAGAAACUUCUCGAGAAGACCAACAAGAAGGAGAAGGUCCAAGAGCCAGAGUCCGAGGAGGAAGAGGAAGUGGAGGAGGUUGAGGCUGAGGCUGAGGAUGAUGAUGAAGACGACGAUACAGUUGAGGAUGAUGAAGACGAGGAGAUGCAGGAGGAUAAGGCCGAACAGACAAAGAGGCAGGAGGACUUGCCCUCGAUCGACUUUUCCGCCAACGAAGUUGCUAACGCCACAGGCGGCAAGAAGAUCAACUACGAUUUUGCUGCGCUCGACCUCUGCGAGCCCACCAAGAAGGCUAUUGUCGACAUUGGAUUCACAAAGAUGACUGAGGUCCAGGCACGCACCAUCCCCCCACUGUUGGCUGGUCGUGAUGUCCUCGGAGCUGCCAAGACAGGAUCUGGAAAGACCAUUGCCUUCUUGGUCCCUGCCGUUGAGCUGCUCUACAAGCUCAAGUUCAAGCCUCGCAACGGUACUGGUAUUAUUAUUAUCUCGCCCACCCGUGAGUUGGCUCUUCAGAUCUUUGGAGUUGCCAAGGAUUUGCUCAAGUACCACAACCAGACUUUCGGAAUUGUCAUUGGAGGCGCCAACCGCAAGGCUGAGGCCGACAAGCUUGCCAAGGGUGUCAACCUCUUGGUCGCCACCCCCGGUCGUCUUCUCGAUCAUCUUCAGAACACUAAGGGAUUUGUGUUCAAGAACUUGAAGGCGUUGGUUAUCGAUGAGGCUGAUCGUAUUCUGGAGUGCGGAUUCGAGGAUGAGAUGAAGCAGAUUAUCAAGUUGUUGCCCAAGGACAACCGCCAGUCGAUGCUCUUCUCUGCUACUCAGACGACCAAGGUCACGGAUUUGGCGCGUAUGUCGCUCAAGGCUGGACCUUUGUACAUCAACGUGGACGAGAAGAAGGAUACCGCAACCGCUGACGGACUGGAGCAAGGAUACGUGAUCUGCGACAGUGACAAGCGGUUCCUGUUGCUAUUCACGUUCCUCAAGAAGAACCUCAAGAAGAAGGUCAUUGUCUUCUUCUCGUCCUGUAACUCUGUCAAGUACCACGCCGAGUUGCUCAACUAUAUUGAUAUCCCUGUCCUCGACCUUCAUGGACGCCAGAAGCAGCAGAAGCGGACGACGACCUUUUUCGAAUUCAUCAACGCCGAGACUGGAAUCCUGCUGUGUACCGAUGUUGCCGCUCGUGGACUGGAUAUCCCCGCUGUCGAUUGGAUCAUCCAGUUCGACCCCCCAGAUGAUCCCCGUGACUAUAUCCACCGUGUGGGACGUACAGCCCGUGGAACCGCUACGGGCAAGUCGCUCCUCUUCUUGCUCCCCUCCGAGCUGGGCUUCCUCCGGUACCUGAAGCACGCCAAGGUGCCCCUGAACGAAUACCAAUUCCCUACCUCCAAGAUUUCGAACGUCCAGAGUCAAUUGGAAAAGUUGGUCGAGAAGAACUACUACCUCAACAAGUCUGCCAGGGACGGCUACAGGAGUUACCUGCAGAGUUAUGCAUCCUACGCACAAAAGGGUACAUUUGAUGUCAACAAGUUGGAUCUGGUCAAGGUCGCCAAGGCUUUUGGAUUCUCUGUCCCUCCCAAGGUCAACAUCUCGGUCGGAUCUGUCAAGGGCAGCACUGCCAACAAGAAGGCUUAUGUCUCGGGGGACAAGAAGACUAGCAACCACCCCAACAGUGGUCGUCGCCCCAACGGCGAUGGUGGACGUCAAUUCUCACGCUAA